AUCGUGUAAAUAGGCUCUCACGCGCCAAGAAAUUCAAACCCAAGUAUAAUCAAUCUGCCUUAGGAAGGUUACCAAUGCACACGUUUCCAUAGUUUUGGUUUUAGGCAGUUUUAGACGACAUCAUUCAAAAUAACAAGCAUUUUGUCAAAGUUUGUUUUCACAUAUGAUCUUCUUGUCUUUUUCAUGUUUACGGGGAAAACCGAUUGCGAGCGAGCAUUCAAAACUAGUCCGAAGUGGGAGGUGGUAGGAGAUUUGAUAGUAGUCUUCGUUUGACAAGUGGUCGUAUGAUGUCGCCAAGGUUAUGUUAGGUUUCGUAGAGUGAAAGUGUUGACACUGUGUCUAGAUGACGGAAAGUUAUUAAAUGAAACGAAUCAAUUGAAUUUGCUUACCGUUGAAUAGCAUUGAAACAUCAGAUAGGAUUUAUUGACUAGUCUUGGGCGCUCAUUUUCUAAUCCACUGACAGGAAGCGUAAAAAUAUAUCAUAAUGAAGCCGCAUGUAAUAUUUCAUCCAGUUAUCAGCAGUAUUCAAAAAAUCGCUCUUUAUGAAACAAAGGCUAGAUUUUAUCUGAUGGGUUCCAAUAAUACUCAGACCAGAUUUCGAGUUUUAAAAAUUGAUCGAAUGGAACCCCGUGAGUUGUCUGUUGUAGAUGAUAAAGUAGAAUAUACCAAAGAUGAGAUCAGAAAUCUUGUUACUAUGAUUGAUGUUGGUAACCGACGAGUUGGUCAAAAGUCAUCUAGCAAUGGAGUGUCACGUAUUGUUUCAGCUUUUGGUAUUGUAGGUUUUGUGAAAUUUCUGGAGGGAUAUUAUCUCAUUUUGGUUACAAAACGUCGACGUGUUGCUGUUAUUGGCCAUCAUACAAUAUAUAAGAUAGAAGAUACUACUAUGAUAUAUAUUCCUAAUGAUGGGGUUCGAAUAUGUCAUCCUGAUGAAGCUCGUUAUGUAAAAAUGUUCCAGAACAUAGAUCUUUCUAGUAACUUUUACUUCAGUUAUAGCUAUGAUAUUACUCACACCUUGCAGAAUAAUAUGUCACAAUCCUCCUGCAUACAUGUAGAUGAUGGUUCAUCCAAAUGCCCAAAAGAAUGUAUAUAUUGUGAAAACAAUAUUCAAAGUAUUCCUAAAGAGAAUGGCAAAGUUGAGAGAACAGAUUAUGGUGUGCGAUUUGAACCCAAUAGGAGGUUUGUGUGGAAUUCGCAUCUCCUGACACCAAUAGAAGAUCAUCUUCAUCCUGAUUGGAUAUUAUAUGUUACACAUGGCUUUGUAGGUCAAUCUAAUAUGUGCACCUUUGGACGUUCUGUGUAUGUGACAAUAAUUGCUCGGCGAUCCAGUAAAUAUGCUGGGACUAGGUUUUUAAAAAGGGGUGCAAAUUUUGAUGGAGAUGUUGCAAAUGAAGUAGAAACGGAACAAAUGGUUCAUGACUCUGGAAUUUCAUCAUUGCAUGAAGGGCGGUUUAGUUCAUUUGUGCAGUUACGUGGUUCAAUUCCUGCCCAAUGGAGUCAAGACACUAGUAAAAUGGUUCCAAAGCCAGCCAUUGGAUUUGAUCUCAGUGAUCCUUUUGCUGAAACUGCUGGGCUUUCUCAUUUUCCACUUUCUCCUGCCAAAUAUUUUCUUCUGUUCUACGUGUAUGUGGUUCAGGAAGAGAUGAAAAAUUAUGCAGAGAGUAAUGUGAAACUUCUCAUUCCUAGGGGGUCAUUUUAAUCAACUACUACAUCGCUAUGGCUCUCCAGUUAUAAUUCUAAAUCUAGUAAAGAAACGAGAGAAGAAGAAACAUGAAAGUAUGUUAAGUGAAGAAUUUAGCACAGCUAUUCAUUAUUUGAACCAAUUUCUACCUCCUGAACAUCAUAUUCAGUAUAUUAGUUUUGAUAUGGCUCGAAUGAAUAAAGGGAAGGAAGCAAAUGUUAUGGGUGGUUUAGCAGAGAUUGCUCGUAGUACUGUAUGUAAAACUGGCAUAUUUCAGAAUCAGAAUCCAUAUUAUAGUCAAAGUUCUCAAUCAAUGCUGGGUUUGGCCAACCUUGUUUCUGGAAGAUUACAAACAGGUGUUAUUAGAGUCAACUGUGUUGAUUGUCUAGAUCGAACCAACACAGCCCAAUUUGCAAUUGGAAAAUGUGCACUUGGUUAUCAGUUGUGUACUUUGGGAAUGCUUCAAUCUCCUAGGCUGGAAUUUGAUACUGAUUGUGUACGAAUGCUUGAAGAGCUGUAUGAAGAUCAUGGGGACACACUUGCUUUGCAGUAUGGUGGUUCUCAGUUGGUACAUCGAAUUAAAACAUACCGUAAAACUGCUCCCUGGACAUCUCAAGGAAAUGAUAUAAUGCAAACACUGAGUCGUUAUUAUAGCAACACUUUUUCAGUUGUACUUAGUUCUUUAGUUAAUGGGUGUUAUUUUGCAGAUGCAGAGAAACAACAUACCAUAAACCUCUUUCUUGGCCUUUUCAUUCCCGAAGAAAAUAAACCUCCUAUAUGGGAACUUAUGACUGACUACUAUCUGCAUCAUUCUCUGGCUCUAGGAAUUAAAAAAUACAGAAGAACUCCACAAAGUCAGUGGUGGGAUCAAGAAGUCUUGGAAUUUCUUCCUCGCGCUUACAGUGAAAUUAAAAAAAAAUGUAAAGAAGUAAUUCCAGUGUCACGUAAUGAUGAAAUGAUUGAUGCAUAUACAGACUAUCACAGACCCUACGAAUUUAGUGUUCUUAGUGACAUGUAUGCAUAUAAAAUUAGUCAUUCUGUCAGGGACUUCAUGCCCCACUGCACUACAAAUUUCAGCCCUUUCACUGUGCGAGCUCGUCCUGGACGUAGAAGAGAGGAAACCUCUGCUAAGGGAGGAGCAAUGAAGAACCCUUCUCUAACCGGACAGAGUUCUACAAGUUCAACAACUUCCAGUGCUAGUUCAAGUCCUGAAAGUGAUGAUUCAGAUGAUGAUGAAAAUAAAACCGACUCCCAGUUGUCUCCCUCUAAAGACAGUUCAUCUGGAAAUGUGACAUUUGAAGCAUUAUUUCCACCCAUGAGACAGGUGUACGGAAAUGAAGUGGGUAUUCCAAAGAAGAGUGAUUUGAAUAUUUAUCGGAAGUUUGUCUUAGUGGGCCGGAAUGCUGUGAGGAACUCUGUGAAUCCAAGUUUGGUGAAAGCCAUUCAACUUUCUCAGCAAAGUACAUUUUCAUGCGGUACAUCUUUGCAAGUGCCUUCUCUCAAAGUUAAUAAAAAUGCAGAGAACGUUUAUAAGAAAUUUGUAGAACGGAAAGCUUUAGGGGCUUCUGAACCAAAUCCUAUGGAUUUAAUGCUGUAUUUCAAGUAUACAGAGAAUAUUCUAGUCUUAUCUAGUGAAUGGGAUGACUGUUUAUAGAAAGUAAUGGCUGUGUGCACAUAAAAAAAAAAAUAAAUAGAAGAAAUCUAGUUUGUUUCUGUAAUAUUAUCUAAGCAUGUUAUUCAGUUUUAGGGUAAAAAUAUAGUCAUCACUAUACAGUAUUUCAGUAAAACUCUUUGAGUGUGCGGACAUUCAGAUGUGCGUUUUUGCCAUUCCGUCUCUGGCAUCUUCCCGUGCACCAAACAAGACAUACGAGGUGUCGUUAAAUUUCAUAUUUUGGUGCUACAAUAUUAGUUAUAAUGCCAGGAAUUAAACCAAUGUCUCCUAAAUCAAUCUAUAUAGGUGGCGUUGAUUAAAUACCAAAACCCAAAGGCAUUUUUUGCUUAAUAGGCCAUAAUUUUCUUUCACGACAUUGGCAACACUGAUGUUGACAUCUUUAAAUGAACAAUUGAAUUACCAAGUAAAUUGGACAGCAGUUUGAUUUCAAUUUAGAGUCGAAUUAUUAUUGUAUUUUUAAAAAUAAAUAUGUGAAUAUCUGUGAACAGUAUUGUUUCAGAACUUAUUGAACUUGAAGAAUUUCACGUGCAUAUGGAGAAAACAAAACUGUAAAUGAAAGAUUGUUAUGUUCGACUUACCCCUUUUACAUUCUUACAUACGUGUGCAAAUUCCGUUUUUCAAAUAAAUGUGACCCACAUCUUAUUCGGAUUCAAAUUAACUAACACCUUCUUAUUCUUGUAAACAUACAAAACAGUUGCCCUGUAAUGUUAGAAUCACAUACAAAGUAAGUAAUAAUUCCAGAAACAAAAGUGAACAAAAAAUGGAUUUGAAUGACACAUUGAAUGAGUUUGUAAAGCUUUAAUCUCUUCAAAAAUUAGAGGAGAAAAAUAUGAAAGUUUUAAGGAAAUCCGGGGAAGAAUCAAAUGUAGUUGUAAAAGAUGUUGUGAUAGAAUUUUCGGAGCUAAUUGUUAAUGAUCUGCAUUUUUGCAUUUAGCAUUUGUGCAACUGCAAAUAUACUAAUGUGCAUAUUACCAAAAAUGCGUAAAAAUGUAGCUGUACUAAAAUUUAACCAUAAACCAAGUAUUUGUCACAGCGAUUAUAGUUUUUAAAUUGCAAUAAAACCGGUCCAAAGUUGGGAAAGGGGAGUGUAACAUUAUCGGCUAUUACGAUUCAUUGGUAAGUCCAAUGCCAUGUACCCGUUGAAGUGGGCUGGUCCACGUCCUGACGAAGGGGAAGCAGGGAGGGCUCUCGUGUAUUCCUUUCUUUCACCAGUCAUCUUCAUCUUCCCCAUCGUCCAUUCUCGUUAUUUCAUUACAUCCGGUCUCUUUUCUUCUACUCCUUCUAUUUCACUCCCUCCUCCCCCCUGUAUGCAGAACGCCCACCCAUGUGUUUGUCGUGCAUGACGACCCGUGUCGGAGGGAAUGUGUGUCUUGGCAACUGCAAAUGAGUUUAUGCACUGUUUCCCGACUACUUGUGCUGCUUUCUGCUUUCCACCUAGGGAUACUUGUUUACGUAUUUUGGGGAACAUUCCUUGUAGGUUUCCAAUACUUGCUUUGGUCUCGAACUCGUCUAGACGGUCAGUCCGAAGCUAACCCAUUCCCGAUCAAUCGGCUCGGCGUAGGUCUUGUACUGAACUUCACAGUGAGCGAGGGGAUCCACGGCGGGGCAGCGCUGUGACAUCUUCCCACUAUAUGUGCGUGUCAACCCUGGCACCCCAAUGGGGUGUCCCCUUGUUGGACUCCAUGGUGAGUGGGGAGCACGGACACGAAUCCGCUUCAAUUCUGUUGAGCAUAAAACAAACCCUUUGCCCUCUUCCGGAACGAAGGGGCGAUGUUUUGAGAGAAUGUGGAUUGAGUAGAUUUUUCCGCAGGGAAGAAGAUAAACCAAAGAAGCCACGUUUGAUCCUUUGAUGGCGUGCACGGCAGAAGGGAAAACAUUCAAAAGUAUUAGUGCGGUUCGUCUCGCGCGAGCCAUUGAGGUCAGUUUCUGUAAACUCCAAGCGGAGGUGCGUCAGAAUGGUGUACCCAGCGGUUCGAAGGAGGCGCCUAUGAGCAAAUUGAAAAAAUUAAGCAGAUUGCCGGCCUCCAUGUGGAAGUGACCACUCACCCUUCCCU